AUGGCAGGUGUUUUCGAAGGCCUAAAGAACAGUUUGCUUAAUGUGCUUCCCGUCGGCACAGCGCCUCAAGCAGAUGCAGCAGAUGCAGCAGAGGCCGUGUCGGACCAUGAAGCUCAGAGUGAGGACGUCGGAAAGCCUCAGCAAGUGCAGCAUGUAUUUCCCAAAGCUCCCGAAGACAUUGCCGGCUCGCUGACCAAUUCUUUAGACAAUGAGUUCUACGAGAUUCGGGUUGUCCCAGCGAAAGGCUACGGCAGCUUCGCGCUCAAAGAGCUGAAGCGUGGUACGCGCAUCCUCAGCGAGCCGCCUCUCCUUGCCAUCUCCAACCCAGAUUACCUCACAAGCGACAUUGAGGAGGCAUUCGCGACGCUUUCGGAGGAUAAACAGAAGGUAUACUGGGGCCUGGCUUCCAGUCAUGGCCAGGAUCCCAAGAAAUGGCCGAGUCAUAUCCAUGAGAGCGUGAAAGGUCACGAGGCCCAGCGGAUCAAGGAGCAGCACAACGCCCGUAUCGGAAAAGAACCGUCGCUGCUCAGCAUCUUCCAGAACAAUUGCAUGGAGAUGGGCAAAGGCACCGGCAUCUUUCCGAAUGCAUCCCGCUUCAACCACAGUUGCAGCCCGAAUGCCAGUUUCAACUGGAACGAAAACAUCCAGCGAGAGACGAUCCAUAUCAUCCACGACGUGAAGGCAGGCGAGCAGAUCACCUUCUCAUACUGCGACAUGACACACGAGAAGACACUGCGGGCCUGGGAGCUGAAGCACUAUGGCUUUACUUGUGAUUGCCUUGCCUGUAUCCGCGAUGAAGACGAUGAAGACGGUGUCGCACGUGAGGGUGUCGAUCGGAGGUAUCGCAUUGCCGAGCUGGACCAGACAACUAGCUAUCUGCGAGGCGCGAACCUGGAGAUAGGAGUGAGAGAGCCGGAGUUCGUGAAGCAGCUGCUUGAGUUAGCUGUGCUCCACAUGGAGAUUGGCGACUACUCGAUGAGGCUGGCAAAUAUUUACACCGACCUUGCUUUGGCCUGCGAAUUUGCCGAGGACUUCAAGAACGGUCAGGAUAUGGCAGCCAACGCGCUUCGCAUCAAGCGCGACUGCCAGGGCGACGACUCUCCGGACUUUGAGAAGUACAAAGUUAUACUGAAGCGGCUGCAUCGCAGCUACAAGGCAUCGCAGGACGCGUAG